AUGGAUUUUGAUGAGAAUGCUUGGAUGUUUGGCCAGUUGGUGGCUAUGAUAUUCAUCGCUUUGCCUUUCCUCACUGCCUUUGAAGAAUUCAUUGAUAAGAGAGCCGGGAUAGUGAAGAAGAAAAAAGAAACAGCAGAGGCUGCGGGCAGAGGACGCAAAACUGAUGGUCUUCUUUUGAGGGACAUGGGCUUCCGCGGCACUCCGUAUACCAACUCCCUCAGCUACGACAGCGAUAUAUAUCUGUCGAAAGAUGUGACCAUGACUAAAAGGCAAGGGGAAUGGUCCACAUCCAAUUUAAUAACGCGAGAGGUCUCGGGCGGUCAUGAGGCUCCGGCCCGGCAAGCGGCAAGAUCAGAGCCUUCCCGACCGUUUCUUCCAGGUAGAAGUGGAUAUUAUAGGCAGGAAAGUUAUGGAGCUUGA